AUGGAUUGUAACUGCGUCUCGGAUCUGCUCUUCACCCCGCCGGUGCCGGCACUCUGGACUCCGGGCUUUGCCUUCCCCGACUGGGCCUACAAGCCCGAGUCGUCCCCGGGCUCCCGGCAGAUCCAGCUGUGGCAUUUCAUCUUGGAGCUGCUCCAAAAGGAGGAGUACCAGGGUGUCAUUGCAUGGCAGGGGGACUACGGCGAGUUUGUCAUCAAGGACCCCGACGAGGUGGCGCGCCUGUGGGGCAUCCGCAAGUGCAAGCCCCACAUGAACUAUGACAAGCUGAGCCGGGCCCUGCGCUAUUACUAUAACAAACGCAUCCUUCACAAGACCAAAGGCAAGAGGUUCACGUACAAGUUCAACUUCAGCAAAGUUGUGUUGGUCAAUUACCCCCUGCUGGACAUGGCUGCUGCCCCUCUGCUGCUCGCCCCAGGGCCCUUUGGAGGGGCAGCAGGGCCCGAUGGGCCCCCCCUCACUCCUGAGACAUUACAGAGCCUGUUUUCCACUCCCCGCCUGGACCCAGGAAGCAGGACGCCCCUGUUUGCCCAACACCUCUCUGCCCCAGACGCGGACAAACUGCGGCUGGAUGGGCCAUUUCCCUUCCUGGGCUCCGGUACUGCUGGCUAUUCGAAACCCCCUGCCCUCCUGAGCCCCUACGGUCGCACCUUCCCUGAGUAUCCCUGGAACUUUAACCCCUACUUGGCGAGCCCCUUCCCCAAGCUGCCCGCCUCCCUGUAUCCCCCACAUUUCUACCCCAAUCCCCUGGCAGGAUCCUUGGGCCAGCUGCCCACAGGGCCUGGGGGAGGGGGCCCCACCACAACACCCCUCCUGGCCAGCCCCACGGCCGAUGGAGCCGGAUCCCAGCGCACAAGCCUGGCCCCAGGUGCCCGUCUGGCCCUGCCCGGGACAGGGGUCCCUGAGGUUCCCUCUCUGGGGCCCAAGGAAGAAAGCGACUCUGAGCUGGAGGUGACCGAUGUCAGCGGCUGCAGCUCGGACAGUGAGGGCGAUGACGGUGCUCCAGGGCCCCCCGAGAGUCAGGGAGGGCGAGGUGGGGCUGGGAGCUGAGGGGCCGGGGAACUAGCAGCACUGGGAACCCUGCCUCCCCCUCCCCUGCCCCUGGGGGCCCAGGGUCUCCUCCCCCAGAUCCGAAGGGGACAUAGUCUCCCCAGGAUUUCCCUCAAAGCCCCCCCUCUCCCUUCCCAGGGUCAAGGAAUGGAUCAGUCAUCCUUUCCAAAUCCCAGGGAGUAUCCUCACACAUCACCCUUCCUUCCCAAUCAGAAGGGGGUAGGGUUUCUCUCCCAGGUAGGGAUCAUCCCUCCUCUCCAAGCUGGUCUCAAACCCCAGGGGGGACGUGGGCAUGGACUUGAGGCCUGUCCCUUCCCCUUUCUGCAUCAGCAAAAUGGAGGGGGGGGCGGUGGAGUCAAUGACCCCCAAGGUCCUUGCAAACCCCUCCUCCCUCUCCUAGAGUCGGGGUCUCCCCCCACA